AUGUACCAAUAUUCAACCCAAGUUCUGUCCUUAGAUGUCCACGGCCCUGGGGGAUUGUCUUUCCCAAGUGCCCAGCACCUGAGCAUGAGAUAUCGCUUAGUCACACACCGCCUUCCCCCACAACGUGACUCUUGCCUCAAAAGGCUCUGCCACUUCUUCCCUCCCAUUCUUCCACCACAGCAACUCCUCUCUUCUAACCACACACGCUCCGAUAUUUUACAGAGAUAUUGA